AUGCAUCGUCAUCCAUGGAAAUCCGCAUGUCGCUGUGAUGGGGGUCACUUUUUUUUUCGGCCUUCGGCCGGACCUCCCCCACCUACUUGGUUCGGGAUCCACGUCCCGCUACCCCCUUGGGAGCUGUCCCCCCAGUCAUUCGUGAAGUAUCUUGAAAUUACCUGGCUUCCGGAACGCUACAAAAAGAUGUGGUCAAACGUCUAUCGCCAAGGUCGAAACAUUCAUGAGGACAUUGAUACCAACAUGCUCCUUGAGGCGUGGCAUCAUGUUUUGAAGGGCAAAUAUCUUCAUGGCAAGCGGAAUCAUCGGUUGGACCACCUCCUUCAUUGUCUCGUCAACGAAGUAAUUCCCCAUUAUAAAUUGAAGCAGUCUCGUCGAGAGCUUGGGCUUCAAGGUGCAAAUCUCGAGGUGUCGGCGCGAAAAGAGGUGGCCAAGCUUGCCGCUGAACAGUACACACAAACUAGUAUCACGAUAUUCAAUUAUUGUUCCAUCCUACACUAA